AAUCCUUGGCAAAAAAAAAAAAAAAAAGUCUCAAGUAAAAGAGUUGUUAGAAGAUGACAAUUCUCAGUCUGGGUGGAGGAAGUUCAGAGUAUUUAGGAGAGGGAUCAGGUUAUGGGUAUGAUGAAAGAAAGGUCAUAACAUAUUUCAGUAAUUCUUAUGUUCUGGCUCUUACUCUUGUUGCUGGUUUUGGUGGCCUUCUUUUUGGUUAUGAUACUGGCGUUAUCUCGGGUGCCAUUCUUUAUAUCCGUGAUGAUUUUCAAGCUGUUGAUCAAAGUAGUUUCCUGCAGGAAACUAUUGUCAGCAUGGCUUUGGUUGGUGCAAUUAUUGGAGCUGCAGCUGGUGGCUGGAUAAAUGAUGCCUAUGGACGUAAAAAGGCUGCACUUCUUGCCGAUGUUGUAUUCAUAGUAGGAUCCCUCGGAAUGGCAGCUGCUCCUGACCCAUAUGUUCUUAUAUUUGGACGAUUCUUGGUUGGCCUUGGUAUUGGUACGGCCUCUGUCACAGCUCCAAUGUACAUAGCAGAAGCAUCACCAUCUGAAAUUAGAGGUGGUCUUGUCAGCACUAAUGUUCUUAUGAUAACUGGUGGACAGUUUCUUUCCUACCUCGUAAAUCUUGCUUUUACAGAGGUUCCUGGUACAUGGCGAUGGAUGCUUGGAGUAUCUGCUGUGCCAGCUAUCAUUCAGUUUGUACUCUUGUUAUUUUUACCAGAAUCCCCACGCUGGCUUUACAUGAAGAAAAGCAAAGCUGAAGCUAUUGUUGUGCUUUCUAAAAUUUAUGACCCCUUUCGACUAGAGGAGGAGAUUGACCAACUUGCUUCUACAUUGAAGGAAGAACAGCUAAGAAAGAGUGCUGUUAGCUACUGGGAUGUUUUUGUAGUAAAAGAAGUUAGACUUGCAUUUCUAGCUGGGGCUGGACUUCAGGCAUUUCAGCAAUUCACCGGAAUUAACACAGUCAUGUACUACAGCCCAACCAUUGUUCAGAUGGCCGGCUUCAAUUCCAAUCAGUUAGCUCUUCUACUCUCUCUUAUAAUUGCGUUGAUGAAUGCUAUUGGUACUAUACUAGGUAUAUACCUGAUUGACAUGUACGGGCGUCGGAAGUUGGCACUGAGUAGUUUGUCUGGUGUAACCGUGUCCCUUAUCCUCAUCUCAGUGGCUUUUAUAAUGGGAUCAUCCGGUCCUAGUGAAGGAUACUACGGCUGGAUUGCAGUUUUUGGUUUAGCCCUCUACAUUGCAUUUUUUGCACCUGGAAUGGGACCUGUGCCGUGGACUGUGAACUCAGAAAUAUAUUCCCAAUCUUACCGAGGAAUCUGUGGAGGGCUAUCGGCUACUGUAAACUGGGUAUCAAAUUUAAUAGUGGCACAAAGCUUUUUGUCCAUUGCUGAUGCUGUUGGAACUGGUCCAACUUUUCUGAUACUCGCAGGCAUCUCAGUGGCUGCCUUUUUGUUUGUGAUGCUUUACGUCCCAGAAACGAAGGGGUUAAGCUUCGAGGAAGUGGAGAAUAUAUGGAAGACAAGGGCUCGAAGCAGCAACACUGACAAAGAGCCCCUGCUUGAACAAGGGAGAUAGUGUUAAACCUUGUAUCACCAACUUUCAUGGUUUUAUUUUUAUUGGAACCAUGUAAACUUUGAUGGACAGUGAAACUCUUAUGUAAAUUUGGUAUUUAUAAUAAAUGAGAGAUCAACAUGGAAUACAUUCUUCCAUGCGCUCUUAUUGUUUUA